AUGGUGAAACUUCAAGUAAUGUAAGGAAAUUCCCAAUAAUUUAAUUUAAACAGUUUGCAAAAUGUGGUAAGAAAAACACGAGUGAAAAAGUAUUUCCCAUCUUUUUUCCAUUGUCAUCUUAUUGGGCUGAUGAAAAUCACUAUCCUUGUAGAGUUUACAAGUAUUUUUAUUUAUUUCGACAUUCGUUAACUUUAUUAUGAUAAGCAACUAUUCACCUAAGAGUUAACCUAAGGGUAAACCAUCUGAUUACAAGAUAUAUAUCUGAGUACUCAUUGUUGGUUCAAUAGUUAUAUUAUUAUUUAUGUGCUGGUAAAUUUCGACCGUAUUAGCUGAUCAUAAAGAUACUAACGUCCUCCCUCUAAUGAUAAGUAAAACAGGAAAGGGCAAGUAAUCUUCUGUAAGGGGAAGGUUUUGUAUAUGGAAAAUUUUAAGCUUAAUCUUCCGAGAAUCAAACAAUUUUUUUUUCCAUGAACUCUCUAUCUCUCUUUCUAGGAACUUAUCAAAUAAUUUCCUUCAGCACAUUCCUCAAAACACUUUCUGGAAUAUGGAGAAACUUCAAAUAAUGUAAGGAAAUUCCCAAUGAUUUAAUCUUGACAGUUUGCAAAACGUGGUUGGAAAAACACGAGUGGAAUAGUAUUUCCCAUCAUUUUUUCCAUUGUCAUCUUGUUAGGUUUAUGAAAAUCACUAUCCUUGUAGAGUUUACAACUAUUUUAUUUAUUUCGACUUUCCUUAGCUAUAUUAUGAUAAACAACUAUUCACCUAAGAGUUAACGUAAGAGUUAACCAUCUGAUUUCAAGUUAUACCUGAGUACUCAUUGUUGAUUCAAUAAUUAAAUUAUUCUCUAUGUGCUGAUAAAUUUCGACCGUAUUAGCUGAUCAUUAGGAUACUAGCAUCCUCCCUCUGAUGAUAAGUAAAACAGGAAAGGGCAAGUAAUCUUCUGUAAGGGGAAGGUUUGGCUUAUGGAAAAUUUUAUGCCUAAUCUUUCGAGAAUCAAUUUUUUUUUUCCAUGAACUCUUUCUCUUUUUCUAGGGACCUAUCGAGUAAUUCCCUGGGAUACAUUGCUCAAAACACUUUCCGGAAUAUAGAGAAACUUCAAGUAAUGUAAGGAAAUUCCCAAUGAUUUAAUUUAAACAGUUUGCAAAAUGUGGUUAGAAAAAAACGAGUGGAAAAGUAUUUCCUAUCAUUUUUCCAUUGUCAUCUUAUUGGGCUAAUGAAAAUCACUAUCCUUGUAGAGUUUACAAGUAUUUUUAUUUAUUUCGACUUUCGUUAGCUUUAUCAUGAUAAACAACUAUUCAUCUAAGUGGGGGUGGCUAGUGGUGGAUAUUUACCGAGCCGUGAAGAGGCGAGGUAAAUAUCUCUUCUCAAAGCUGUUUGCUACAGAAUCAAAGUACUUCCAGGUUUACUAUUAAAAUAUUGCUUUCAGCUUGUAUUCUCCACACAUUGUGAAUAAAAUGAUGGUGAGCCGUUUACAUGAGAUAGAUAUAUGGAUGUAUGAAACAUCGUAGUAUAAAUGAAGCUGCGUGAUUGAUUUUAGAUAUUGUAUUUCUUUAGGAAAAUCAGUGACAACUUACUAUCAGUUGCUGAUGUGAAGCUCAUUCUCGAAGGAUUAACACGGCUUCACAAACUAUAAGUGUCACCUUUUUAGAUGAUUUAAAAAUCACAAAAAAACUAUUUUCGAAUGCUUUCAGCAGAUGAUCGUUGGAGAUAUUCGCUAAAUACUCGUUCAUCACAGUUCACAUCAAUAGUUCAUCACAAUUUAUAUGAAUUAAAAUUUCGCACCUAAUAUCGGCCUAUAUGGAAUCAAAGAUAGUUAAAACUCGUUUAAAACGAUUUUCUUUUACAGAUACCUCGAUGGAAAUCCGCUUGGACCCUCUCUGUCGGCAGACAUCUUCGCUGGACUUAAAAAUUUGACACAUCUGUAAGUCCAGUGGCUCCUCAAAUCACCGACUAGUAAGAAGUAUCAUAAUGAAUGUUUGUCUCAUGAUUUAGUGACAUUCGAAGAAAAACCCUGGUUCAUCUGUGCAUAGUUAGUUUAAUUCAGACGCCGAAGUCGAUUGUUACCUCCUAAAGCAUUCUACUCUGCUAUAAUUCGCUGUGGUACACUGUGAUGUGGCAAUUCUGCUGUUUUGUUUCUUGAUCGUUGCCUACUUUUUUUCUGGAAUUUCUGCUGAGUGCACUCUUAUCUGAAUCGCCCCUUAUACUGUGUUUUUUUAUGUUCAUUACCAUUUUUACUUACAGUUUAAUUUUUACCCAGGAAUCUUUCAAGUUGUUCGUUGAGCUCAAUAACAGAAGACACAUUCAGGAAUCUGACUGUUUUAGAGAAGUUGUAAGUUGUAAAUGAAAGUGAAUUAAAAAAAAAAAUGUGAGUUAUUCAGAAAUGUAAAAUCGUUGCCUACUUUUUUUCUGGAAUUUCUGCUGAGUGCAGUCUUAUCUGAAUUGCCCCUUAUACUGUGUUUUUUUUUAAAUCGGACUCUCGGUCAAUGCCUUUUUUUCCUUAUCAAAUGAGUGGUUUUCGCUGACGAGCAGGUGCUCCGUGGGACGUUGAAAGUUUGUGCGAGUUGAGUGUCGGCGUCAAUAACAGCUGUCGAAAAGGAGUAUUCGUAGAAACAUUGCAUCCACAUCCAAAAUGACCAUAUCGUUAUACUGCUGUAUUUAUUAACACGAUUAAUCACUUCAUAACUACCCUUUGUUGCCAUAUAAGUUAUGAACAGGAAUAAUCGUUUUCACUAAAAACUCUGUGCAUUUGUUAGGUAUUAGCUGCAGCCAUCUUUGAGAAAACUAGCUUGGUUGUUAAGUUUAACAAGUUAGGAACAGUUAGGUAGGGCCCGACAAAGAAGCGUAUUGAAAAAUUAUAAAGGAAUGUUCUGCUCUGUCUGUCUAAUUAUGGUUAUUCUGAUAUAUCUUUAGAGCGCAUUCUUCAAUUAGCCAAUACCAUCCUUUAAGUAUUUGAAUAGCAGUCUCUAUUAGACCUCUCCACCACACUGACUUUUUCAUAUUACUUUUGUAGUUCCAUGCGUGCUUGCAACUUGGAAAAUAUCGUCAAUGGAACUUUUCGGGCAAUGCAAUACCUACAGUCACUGUAAGUAGUAUUUAUCAAUUUUUCGCCUGGCAUGUCUUGGAGAGGGUGUGUCUGAAAAUUUCCUUCCCGCAUCUAAGAAACGAAAACAAAGCUUUACCGACUGCCAUGUUUUUAGAUUUUAAAAAAUGCACCGACCGUUCAUAUACAUUAGCUAUAAAUGCGCUAGGAAUUCACAAUCGCACAUGGGCUGAUCUUUUAAAGGCAGAAAUCCUUUUUGGUCUUAAGGAUAUUUAAUUUAUUUGGUAGUAACAAAGAUCACUAGGAGAAGAAAAUGAAAAUGAGGAGGAGGCUUAAAAAUAUUCACAUUGAGGAGUUCAUCGUCGAUGUUUUAGCAAACUUGCUCAGAAUUAGUAAUUGCUGUUCUUUGUAAUUCAAUUUGCAAUUUAAUUCUGAGUAAGACUGAGCUCAACAAAGGGAAAGAUCUGGUGCUAGGUUUUGUUGUGCGAACACUUCACUUGUUAAAUCCUUGACCUCGGACCAUUACAGACAGGUUUAUCUGCGGUGAGAUCAACCUGGAAUAAGCGGCGUCACAUUAUUGUUUGAAAUUUGUCCGUUUUCAGUGAUCUGUCUUCCAAUAAGCUGACUCAUAUACGCCAGGGUACAGUGGAUGGAAUUAAGGCUAACCUUACAUAUUUGUAAGUACAUUGGCUGUGCAUUGCUGUUAUUUGCCUACUGCUGGGUAGUGCGAGUUUGAAAGGAAUAACAUACCUCUGUUAUUAUGUUGGACCCACCAUGAUGGGAGUUUUAUCGACUUUCAUUUUACGUAAAUAUGUAAAACAACACUAAUGCCCCCCCCUCCUCCCCUCCCCCACCCUUCUAUGCCUCCCAGAAGAUAUCUCAAUUCUCUUUACAUUUGCUUAUAGGUACCUUCAAGGAAACGAGCUUGAGACGAUAAGCGAUGGCACUUUCAACAACUUUAGAAGAUUCGAAAAAUGGUAAGUGAUUUUAAAACGCUUGCAUGAAAUAAGUAAAAUGGCAAAGAUUUCGGUGAUUGGUGCAAAUAAAGAAAUAUUUUGUAGUAUAUCAUAAAAAAAAAGGUCACUCGUUGCAACACGCCAAUUUUAUUCCAGAUAACACAUAUGCGAUUGUGACUGCUACGACCCUUGAUUAACUAUGACUUAUGGUGGGAAAAAAUGAAAAAGAAAUUGAAAAUGACUGAAAAAGUAAAAUUUACGAGACAAAGAGAAAGAAGGAACGUUUGCGAAUUGAUGAAGUCUUAUAACAACUCUUUUACAUUUUUUGUUUGGUUUCAUCGUAUAGCAUUUUGGACAACAACAAGCUGACAUCUGUACCAGAUUUGAAAGGUCCUGAAUAUAUCGUUUUAUUGUAAGUAGCUAUUAUACCAUUUUUAUUGUGUCACGCGCCGAAACAAAUCUUAUCUUGUAUAUUGAGCAAGGUGAACGUGUUAGCGAUGCAAUUACAAUACAAUUAACUCGAGAUGAACUCGAGAUGAACUCGAGAUGAACUCGAGAUGAACUCGAGAUGAACUCGAGAUGAACUCGAGAUAAACUCGAGAUGAACUCGAGAUGAACUCGAGAUGAACGCGCCUCCACGAGCAAACAUGCAACGUUUAAAUGACAGACAGCUUCAAAACACAUUGAAGAGCACAGAAUGUAGAAAUCUUCUCUACAUAACUGCAACUUGUUAUUUAAACUCUGACGAAAAAAGCAAAAAAUCACACUCCUAAAAUAUGCCUUCCUCCCACAAAAAUUCAAAUUUAACCUUAAUCCAUGUGUUACGCGUGAUCGUUAAGUGAUUAUCUGUAGCUAAACAGGACACAGGGAUGUCGGAACAGCAACAAAGAUGAUUUACUCCCGAAGAACGUAGUCUCCAUAGCUGCAAAACUCUGAAACAACUCGUCACAAUAAACGCUGAUACACGGCCUCUGCCAAACUUCAAAUAAUCACAACCGCAGUUAAACUCGAUCUCAGUCACAGUUGAGUAAACUCGACCUCCGUCACACUACUCAGCUUGUGAAAAACCAGUCAUAUCAUCUAGUUACACAAGUUGGCUUAGAACUUUCCGUCUAACCUAAUUAUGGCAGCAUUCCAAAGUUUAAUUAUUUUCAGCAUCUUACACGGACUUGAAAAACUGCUGAUGCGCAGUGAUGCGAGACUGAUUAAAUAUUUAAGAAACUUCUAGGCUAAAUUAGCAUACUCAUGAAACCUCUUAGACAGUCAUGCAAGUCAGAAGUAAAACCGCAAUCUUCUUAAAUCCGGUAACCACGACAUCAUUUUUAAUAUCAGUAGAUGAUUCCUUCAAUAAACACGGUAAAGAUAUGUGUUUUCGAAACAGGAGAAAUUCUGGCAUAUAUUAAAUAUCUAUAUAAUAACACCGAACACUUUACUAUUCAAUAUUUUGAGGUCGAAUAAUUUAUCAGGGUUAGCCAAGAAAUAUGGUUCAUAAAUUUAACCACUCAGUUUAGAGCAGGUUGAAAUUGUUCCUGAUCCCACACGAAUGCUGAUCAUUGCCUGAAAAAAAGGAAACUUUCUCCAUCGCCUGCAAUAGUCCCUUUUAAAUUGUGAUAGUAAAAGUAAUACAUAACGCUUUAAGCGUGCUCGAUUUUCUCCAUACAUGGAAAUCGGGCUACUUUUUCCAAAAGUGUGCUUUUCAAAAAGAAACAAAACAAAUCUAAAUUAUACAUUUAUUUGUAAUAAAGCAUGAGGUCUCCUAUGCUUUGAAUUAUGAACUUGUUCUGAUAAGACAUAAAUAAUUAAUGCAGUUAAUUCUAGAUUAGAAGCGGUGAUUUAAUGUGUCAAAAUGUACGAUGUUAGCAUCAUGUUUCUCUUCGACGCCAUUUCCUUUCCCUUGAAGGCAGGAACUGAGGUGGAUGCAAUCUUCGCUUCCGGUGUUUUCAGUCCUCUAAACGAGUAACGACUAGGUUUUUGGUAAACUUCUUUCCCCAAGACAUUGCAAAAUUGAAGGUAAUCUGAACCAUGGACCAAAUUGAAAAUAAUCAAUCUUAGAGACAAAACAGUUGAUGGCUCUGGUAGUGAUCCCUUCAUAAAAACUAAAAAGGUCCUACUUUUCCAAAACAAAAAAAGCUAAAAUUAUGCUCGUUUUUUCCAAAUUAUGCCCAGAAUUGUUUCAGCACAAUUCAUAAAGGCCUGAUCUACGUAUACUGGCUCAUGUAAUUUUCUCUUUCAGUCCUCCAAAGCUUCGUAAUUGUAAUUUACCUCUAAACUUCUUUUAUUUGAAUACAUUAUUAGCUAAAUAGGUCAUUUCUAAACGUUUUACAAAAUAUACUAAUUUCUUCCGUCUAAGGUUGUACAUGCCUGUCACAUUUUAAAAAUCUUAAAAUCUGCCGUUAUUUUGUACAUCGUGAAUGUAUCGUUAGUUUCAAUAUAUAUAUAUAUAUAUAUUUAGCCAAGCCUAAAAGCGGAGCCCUUGUUAGAUUAUUUUCCAGCCCUUCAUUAUACUGAAUAAAAACUGUGAUAAUACUCUUUAGCACAGGCUAUAGAAGAGUUUCUUCACGAGGAAAAGAGGGGACGUCGUCUCACAACUUGCAAAGCGAUCAACACGCAUGCUCGUCAGCGGUAUCUUCAAGCAGCUUAGGUCGUUCGUUGUUCUUCCUGAUGCUUUGAGCAAAUUUUCGAAGAUAGAGAAUGUUUUCUUCUCCAGAUGAAGUGUAUGAUGUCAGCAUCAGUUGAAAUUAUAUUACAUUAAGCGUGACUUAUUUUUUUGGUCAGGGAAAAUGAGCCAAAAUUGAAAGAAACGGUGGCAAACUACUUUGUGUUAAGACAUCACUAGUCGAUUGGAGUGUUUCCGCGUGAGCACAGUGAGUCAGUAAAACAAUACCCAGAAUCGUAUGGGCUUCUCUUAUAUCUUCUCUUGAAGUUUCCAGGUAUGACUGAUUGCCCCAUCGUUUUUCUUUAACGUUUCAACCUCCUCUGUUUAGCGUGGAAAAUUGAAAAGAAAAGCAAUAUUCAACUCUUGUUUGAACCUGUAAUUUUUUUGUAAACUUUUUCGCUUUCGGCUAUUCUUGUUUCAUGAUUGUCCUCUGGCUGGAAAUACUUCAAUUCGGUAACCUCUGGUGUAACUGCACAUAAUGUGGAUGUCUUCAAGAAAACUUGAGAUAAUACCUGGAUUUCAUUUCCACAUCACAAAAAUCAAUUCCAAACGCCAAUCAAGUUUUAUAUUUAGUGUAAAGUUGAGUUGGCUAUCUUAAAUAGGUUGAAAAGUUUUAGAUGGUAUUAUCUCAUGUUGGCUAUUAGUAGAAUUUACUAGAAGAUAGAGUUGUUGCAGCAUGUUAACAUGAAAUGCAACAAACAAAUUUUGUUGAUAUGUAAAAGUUUUCUUCUGACUAUCUGCUGGCAAGUCUUUGUAUUAUAUUUCAACCCGACCAUUUUCCAAAACUUGUAAACACCAUUACAAAAUAAUUAAUCAAUUAUUGUUAUUAAUCAAUUGUGGCAUAUACACCAUGUUUGAAAUGCCAUGUCCAUAAUAAGCUAACAGGAUUGAGGUGGCUGUAUUUGGGGAUAGGCUCUCUUGCCUGUAUUAUUAAUUAGCUACUUGCUACUGUUGGCAAUGUUUUGAUGAGGUUGGGCUGUCAGGGCAAAGGAAGUGAGGAUUUUAGUAGGCAAUGACUUUUUUCAAACCUGGAAACUAUCAUCGUGAAAGCCAUACUUGUGCCUGGUAACUCGUUCUUAUUUUGAUAAACUAGUUUUAAGAAGGAUACAAUAUUUUAUUAUAUAAAUUUGAUGCACAGGCUGAGCACACAACUUUAACUUGACUUAAAUUUUAUAUAGCCAAUACCAAUCCCUACACAUAAUGAAAUGUUAGGAAGAUCAGAGGAAAAAUAAUGUGCCAUACAUCUGCAAGAUUUCAUGCAACUAUUUUAAUUACAUGAAUAUUGACUGAUACUAGGAGAUCUUAGAAUUUUUAAAAAAGGAGAAAAUUUUGGUUGAAAGAUAAGAAUUCAGCAUAGGCCAGAUAAACAAGAUUCUUAGAAAAAGAAGUGUGUACUAAAGAAAAAGCUAAGCAAACUCUUUUACAACGCCUGCCUGUACCUUUAUGGCACGUAGUAAAGUCAUUCGAAUAAGUCAUAAUCCUGGGGUUAAACAAGGGGCCGAGUAUACUGCCCUGAGGAACCCCAUGUUUCAUAAGCGCCAUGUUUGAGACGUAACCACCCAAAUAGACAAGCUGGUGUCUGUCCACCAAAUAAGACUGGAACCAUCUCAUUGUUUCGCCAGCAACACCAUACACUUUCAGCUUAUCCAGAAGAAGACCAUAAUCUACGAUCGAAGGCUUUACAAUAGUCUACCAGUACCAACUAUAUUCUUAUCCAAACUGUUCAUUAAUAAUCUGUAUCAGAGCGGUGUCUGUACGAUGGUUCUUUCGAAAACCAGACUGACGAGAAUAAAUCAGAUUGUUUUCAGUUAGAUAACUGUAUAAAGAGUCAUGCACAUGUCUCUCGAUAACUUUAGAAAGGACAGGUGGCGCAGAUAUUGGUAAAAAAUUCUGAACGUCACGUGAGUCACCAUUCUCGUACAAAGGAGAAACUUUAGUUGUUUUGCAACGACUUGGAAAUGAUCCACUGCAAAGGGAAAAGUUAAUUAAUCUCGCAACAACAGGUGCUAUAACAGAUGCUCCUAUACGCAACAGCUGAGAACUUAUUUUAUCAAUGCCAGCAGCUUUGCGCGGAGUUAACUUGUAAUUAUAACAUAGUAAGCACCUGCGCACUAAUGAUGGACGGAAAGACAUAAGGUGUAUCAGGACUUUUUCUGGAUCUGACAAAGUCUUGCAGCUUUCAGGGGUCUGAUGGAACUUGCGGUAAUGUAGAUCUUAACCUGUCUGCUAUACUGGAAAAGGAGCCUUAAAAUGUUGCGCCACCAGCUUUUUGUCAUCUAUAACAGCUUCCCCGAUAUUAAUAAUGUUAAUAUCGCGCCUGCUCUAUCAUUGUAGAAAAAUUUUCUUUUUGCGCUCCUAAUCAUCGCAACUGCUUUAUUUCUUAUCGCUCUGUAAUUAUACCAAUUAUCAGCAUUAUUGGAACGCCAUGCGGUUUUUAGGCAGUUAUCUCACAGGUGUAGCUGUUUCAAGACAGAGCUAGUCAUCCAAGGAGUUUGGACAGCGCCCUUUACACGCCUUUCACGCCAAAGGCAAUUUUCAUCGAGUACGUUAUUGCAAAUCGACUCCCAAGAGUCCAGCAUUCCCAAAGAGCCUGCCUCAGUGCUUCUUUGAAUCGGUUUCUCGUCGAAUUGCUUCAUGUCACGAUAUCUAAUAUUCUGAUUUUCUGCAUGCUACAAGAUGCACGGUCGUUGUUAUAUUUGCGUACAGCAAAAAUAGGCACGCGAUCAGAGAGGCCACAGUCAGAGUUGAUAUAUUCAAUAUUCGCUGAGGAUGAUUUGAAUAGAUGUGAUCUAAACAGGUGCCGCUGACAGAACGAGUCACCUCAUUAACUAGCUGCGUGAAAUUCAUACCGUCAACCGCGUUAAUUAACCGAUGUUUAUCAAAGCUCUUCUUAUUCCUUCCGUCAAUAUUCACAUCGCCUAAAAAUAUUGUCUCCUUAUCCAACAAGUACACACGUUCCAAAUUUGCCUCCAGAGAAAAAUCAUCAGCUUUGGUGUAUGAUGGUGGGCGGUAAAUACUACCAAUCAAUAAAGACCGUUUCAAUUUAAAAGGACAAACUUCGACCAAAUGACUUCAAAUUCUUGAUUUUCCAGAUUAAUUCUGCGUAUAACAUUCGUUUGUGUAAGCCAUGACACCGCCGCCAGAUUUGUUAACCCUGUCUCUACGGUAGAUAGAAUAACCAAGCACCUCAAAGAAAGUAUCAGGCACGUUCGGCUUCAGAAAUGUUUCGUUUAAAAGCAAAACGUCUAACUGAGGUUUACCAAGUUUUUCCAAAAGAAACAGUUUUAUCUGGUCAAAUUUAUCCAAGGUCAGACGAUUAACAUUCCAAUGCCCGAUCCGAAUGCCCUAUGUAGAAUUUCGUCGAGAGAGUCGCUGGAGGAAGUCGACUCGUUAAAAGGUCCAAUGAGUAAGCAAGCCAGUUCGUCGGAUUCAGUCGAAGAACUUGAAUCUUUUGGCGAAUACAGCAGGUUACCUCUCUCCAUCGGCCCCGGAUUUGUAGAAACGCCGUUUGAUAACAGCAACAAAUUGGCCGUGAGGGUGAAGUUCAACAGUCAGACUGUUAUAAUCGAUUUUCUACUGGUCGCUAUUACAGACGAAUCGGCAGAUUUACGCACGGAACGAGAAGACUUGAUAUAACUGAGUUUUUGCUAUAAACUAAAUUUACAGUUUACCUCAUUUUACUGUCUUCUGUUCAGUUGUAUGUUUGCUUUCCUAACAACAUUAACCAUUGUUGCCAACAAAUGCGAAGGGCAUAUAAUAUGUGUACAGUUAUUAACACUUUAAUCCCUGAGAGUGACCAGCAUCCAAUUUCUCUUUUCAAUAUCAUCCCUGAAUCACGCAUUAAGGUCAUGAAAAUAAAGGAAAUGAUAUUCAACUGAAGAACCUCUUGAUUCUCAAACAAAUUCUCCUUGCCAGCACACCAGGAAAUGUAUAAAGGACAGUAUAGGAAUAUGCUACGUUGCGCGCGCUGCGAGCUCCGCUACAUUUCCAUAUAUCAAUCUUUUAGCAAUCACUGAUACACUUUCUAUCUACUGAUCUAUCGAUUGGUUAAUUCCACCAUUUAUCUCUCUGUCUCCCUAGUGACAGUCUGAACUAAAAUGAUGAUAGAAAAUAAAACGAGUGAGACAACUGAACAUCAUACACAUAGCCUGUACUGCGUGGGUGUGGCUACUACAUGGGUAUUUUUAUCAAUUUAUUGAACCAAAAUCUAUAUCAGCACAGGAGAAUAUAUUCUCUUGAUCAGCAUUAGAAAUUUGACCUUCACUUGCUUUGACUCUUAUGUUCGUCUCAGAAACUUACAACGCAAUCGAAUCACAAAUUUAUCAAGAAUUGCCACAACUGGAAAAGGACACGUGUAUAAACUGUAAGUAUUUGAUUCUUAAACUGAAUGUUUCAUUUUAGGUUAAUUGGCAAGAAACCAGAUUAUUUUCUUCUGUAUGCCUUGGGUUAUAUUCAACUGUGCUCCCGCUCUACUAACGUCUGAAAAUGUUGUUUUUAAUUUUUAGAAUGUUGGACAACAAUAAAAUCGAUCACCUUCCACCGAACAUAUUUCAGGUUGCUAACGUAACUGGAAGCCUGUGAGUAACAGAAACUACAACUGUAACCGAAGACACGCGUAAUUGUUUUCAUCAUUUAUUUAGAAACAUCCACACGCCUACGGUACUAAACAUGAGCAGGAAAAUAUAUGUUAGAGAACGAAAACUUACCAACAAACUAAAAAUAAAGAAUAAGAUUUACCUUAACGGUGUAUAGCUUUACAGGCAAAAAACGAAAACAACGACGCUGCUCCUUUAAAAGUGGACAUGAUUAAACUUCACAGGACUAAAUUUACACACAAAAACUGACAAUUACUUAACAUAAUUACAUCACGUUAUGCAACGGUACAAACAUCAAUCACAAGUACACAAUACAACAAAUGAAACCUACAACAAACAGUAUGAAAGUGAGUUUCGCGUUAACAACAGUCAUGAUGGAGUUGCUAUUCUGUGACUGUCUGGUUAGUGUUACAAAAAAAAAAUAAGCACCACUUAAUGUACAGAAAAUAUGGGCUUGAUCUUUGAGUCAUUUUCUUUUAUUGAAGAUGGUUCUUCUUUUAAUUCUUUAACCCCUAACAGUGACCAGUAAAUAAUUUCUCCCCACUAUAUCAGCCCAUAAUCAAACAUUAGGGUCAUGAGAAUAAAGGAAAUGAUCACUAAAUACCUGAUUGAGUUCUUAAUGGUUACACAAAUUCUCCUUUUCUGUAACCUUAAGAAAUGUCUAGAGACCAGUUUUCAAAAUAUAAAGGGUUAAAUGCGUCUCCCUUUGGGCCUGAGCGUAUAUUUUCUUGUAGAUAACUUCAUUUUUCUCGUCUUUCCAUAGUGAUUUGUCGUUCAACAAGUUGCAGUCAUUACCUGAUAAAGUGUUUUCUAAACUCAAUCGUUUAAAAAUUCUGUAAGUAAAAGGUGAAAACCGAUGUAGAAAAUAAUCACCUCACUUGUUCCAAAUGGAACAAUAUAAUCAAUAAUUAAUCAGGUCGAGAUCGCCGCCUCUCAAAACGUUUACCUUCUUAACUAACUUUGGGUAUGUAACCCAAAACGGAGUGAAUUUCAUGAUUUUCUAAAUUUGUGGUAUAAACAUUGUUACUUGCCCCCGAGAGGUUUGAAACAAAUGCAAUUCUUUUUGACUUAUUAAAAAAUAAAAAAUUAAAAAAAAAAUUAAAAAAAAAACAUAUGCGCGUAUUUUUUACGUGGUUGAAUUGUAUUCCACCAAUCAAAUUCCAUUUUGUCAAAUUAGAUUUCGCUCCACCACGUGUCAUUUCCUUCUAAACAAUCUGCAUUUAAUCAUGUACUCUAACCGCAUUGUACAACCCCACUGAAAAAAAUUUCACGUGGAACUAAAUGUUACUGAUAGAGAAUUUUUCGUUUUGACUUUUUUUUCCAAAUAAAAUUGGCUUUAGUAUUUCACACACAGAGGGCAAAGUCCAGAUAGGUUUCAUGAAGGUUUAUUUCCAGUGGCUUAGAAUAUAAUCCGCCCCUGUCCAAUGUUUGAUAUCUCAGGAGUAUAAUAUUUCUCUUGUUUUUAGAGUGCUAACCUUCAACAACAUCACUAGCAUUAAUAAAUACACAUUCAGUGGACUUUCCAAUCUGACAACGCUGUAAGUUUUUCCGUAUGAAUUCUAGAGAAGUGUUCAAAUAACUUUUCCAUGAACGAUAAUUUAUGACAUCAUACUCAACGUCAUCCAAUAUUUGCUUAAUAUAAACAAAAGUAAUUGAGAUAGAACACACGCUCCUAUUGGUUAGUGAGUAUGUAUGCACGGUUGUGAACUUUUAAGAUCACAUGCGUUUUAUGAAGGUUAUAGUGGACUUUUGUACCGAUGAAAGAUUUUCUUUACAAGAGAAACAGUAGCCGUUGAUUAAAAAAUAAUAAUUUGGCUAGUUUACUGGUUUAUUCAGUUGUUAAUUUAUUUUACCUAUGUAACUGUUAUGAAUGGCACGCGUAUGACGUCAUGUCCUUGAUAAUUUUUCUCAUAGUUAGGAGUUUUCUUUUUAAUGUUAUUUUUCAGCCUGCUAAUCAAAAACAAGCUGACUUUUAUUCCCAAAGACGUUGUAUCAUAUGAUCGUAGUGUAUCAUUACAAGUCACACGAUAAGAUAUGAGUUGCUUCGGUUUCUAAGAUCUAGAUAUAUCCCGGUUGCCAUUAAUCAGGAAAAAGGUUAUCUUUUCUUCUUUCCUCAAUCAAAAAUAUUUUGAUUAAGAAUAGAAGAUCACCGAAACGUAUUUUUUUUCCGCAGGUUUCUUCACAGUAACGCAAUUAAAACUAUUGAAAGCAAGGCUUUUGACAGACUCAGACUGAAGCAGUUGUGAGUAAAUUGACGAAUAGAAUGAUUCCCUUUAGAGCUCUGAAAAGGAGAUAAUUCUCAUGAACUAAACGUUUUCUUUUUUCUUCGGUCAGUUAGAUGUUAGAAGAAAAAAACAAACCCAUUAAAAGAAAAAACGCACCCGCUAUUUCUGAUUGAUGAUAUCAAGAGCUUUUACAAUGUCUACCAAAUCGUUUCUUAUGUAACGAGUAGAUAUUUUAUUUUCAGGACUAUCUUUGAUAAUCCUUUAAGCUCAUUACCAGAUAGAAUCUUCGACAAAAUGGAAAACUAUACCAAAGUGUAAGUCAAGCCGUGUGGCUUAAACAAACGUAGCAUUUUACUAGAAACUGAAGUUAGUAGACUCCUAUAUUAUAGACGCUCUAAGAUAUACUUUGUGUGUUGUUCAGCUAGCUUGGAACUUCGUAUUGCUGAAUUCCAUAAGUUAUCAUAAGCAUUUCCUAACUGUUUUCGAACACGCUUGAGAACACGAGACAAAGUGACGUAUAUUUACGAAAAGACGACAGCACCCCUAGCGCAGAAACAAACCUAUUAUUAUUAUCAUCAUCAUCAUCAUCAUCAUCAUCAUCAUCACCAUCAUUAUUAUCGUCGUCGUCAUCAUUGACAUCUUCAUCAUUAUCGUUAUAGUUGUUGUGUUGUAGCUUUAUUGGUAGAGCCUGUAUCGAGUCGGUUUUCGUGCCUUCGGCAGUGCUCACUGUCGAGUAAUUUUACGGGAGGAAGGGAAUUAUCAGGUGAUGGAUUUUCAUCUAAUCUGAGCGAAGGAGCAAAACCUCAAGUCACUCAAAGCUUUGGAAACCUGAGUUUCCUCUUGCGACGUAGGCCUUUUGACUAAUUUCUGCUUCCACCAUUAUUGUCAUGAUGAUCACGUUGCCUUUUACAUCCAAUCAGUUAAAAUUCAACUCAUUAAUAAUCAAAUUGUUUUACAGGUCAUUGACGUGUAAAAAUCUUCAACAGCUGCCUCGGGGAAAAUAUGUAUCACAAAUGUAAAUAGGCCUUAAGUUUCAUUUUUCUCUUUGUGCACCAAAUCAGUUUCACCGUUUUCAAUUGAUGGACAUCUUCACUAUCAAUUAAGUGGCUUCUUUGACUUAAGAAAUUGAAUAUGUGUCGUUAUUAAAAGUCAACCGUGGUAUAAAAUAAAGCCUUUGUUUGUCCAGUCAUGAUACGCUGCAAGUCUUGAAAAUAGCUCGUGCGCCUCUGCAAGACGACCUCGUUUAGUAAAAAAUCACUCCCUGGCCUCUGUUGUACCAAAAUUUUUAUGAAAAUUUAACAAUGUUUCUUUCCAAGCGAGUUUUUGAUAUAUCGUUGUCGUCCAAUCCUUAGUGAGUGUGCUCCCUCGAAGUCUCUGCACGUCAUUUUGGACUGGCAUCAAAGUCGCUUCAGAUUUGCCUUUGCACGCUCAGGUUUUUUGUGCCGCAACCACAUCUAUGAAAACCAAAGUUUGCAAAUUAAGUAUAAAAACUGCAGUCUCUGUCCAGUUGGAACCUACAUGUCUGCUGAUGGAAAUCACUGUUUAAAGUGUCCUGCAGGUAAUGAAAAUGAUAACCUAUUUCAUCGUUAAUGUAAAUAAUGAUAUAAAUAAGAUUUAGAUUUAGAUAGCGCCAUUUCUAUAAAGUAUCCAACAGCGCUUUUCAAUAUUGGAAGUUAUUUAAUAAAAUAAUGAAGAAUAGAAUAUCAAUUAUAUCAAAGAAAGGUCUAUGCCACAUGAUGAAAACUUUAUAAUAUCUCGACCAAACAUUCGUUUCGGGGGUCAACGACUUGCUCUUAAAGUUCCUGUAGGUAGAUAAGCGCCAUAUCGUUCGUAGAUUUUAAAGUUAAAAGUAGAGUUUUAUAAUCUCUCUGCUCGGCUACUGGAAGCAAAUGUAUCUUUCCCAACUUUCUCAUUAUCAUAACCAAAAGCAAUCAACAAAUAAUAACUUGAAACCCUGCACAAACAAUAACAUUUAUAACAAUGUUUCUAAUCUGUAAUUGUGUUCAACAAUUGAAUCUCUUCCAAUAUACCCGCGUAGAUGAAUCCUUGUUUUAUGAUAUGAUAUAUUCACAGGUGGCUUUUAUCAGGAUGAGAUGGGACAAGUUGAAUAUAAAAGAUGCAGUAAUGGUACGUACGUUUCUGAACAGCGAAGUCCUGGAACCAAAGCUACCGACUGCGUGGCAUGUCCAUAUGGUAAGUACAGUGUUCGCUUUGGGCAAACCUUUUUCGAUUUAAAUACGCUCUGGCUGACAUUAAGUUUUAAUAAAAGGACUGUCACAGUGAUUUCUUUAACACAUAUCAGCCACAGAACACAGUCAACUAUAGUGGACUAUCAGAAACCCUAUUUAAAGAACAGAGAGAUGAGCUAAGAUUAUUUGCUUAAUUGUAGUUGUUGUUUUUGUUGUUAAUUAUUUAUUUUUGGCGAAAUCCAAAGACAUCUUAUUUUAAAGUAUAUCCAUUUACUUCGCUGGUGAAAUCUUAUUUCUUGGUUUAUUCUGAGGAGAGAGGAAGUGAAUUCAUGAAAAUGCCUUUUUGUGAAUGCUGUAUUAUGAUUGCUAAGAAAGGAAACAUUCCUUCCCAGGUACGAUCUCUAACGAGACUGCUGAAUAUCGCGCAUGCAGAUGCCUGCACAACUUCUAUCGGUUUGAUCGUUUCGGCCCUUGCACAGCAUGUCCUUCAUACGGUUUUGUUUGUGAGAAAUAUACAGCAAUACUUGCUCCUGACUACUUUUGGAAAUGGACAGACCAGUCUGAAAAAGAACGUUUCAGGGGUUUUGUAAACAAUAUUCAUUCUUUUGGACCACGCUACAAUAAGUCAUAUUCCACGUUCGAUACUUUACUUCCAAAGCCACUCAAAUGUCCUCAUACAAAGUCCUGCAAGGGUGGAAUUGACUCAGAAUGCCAUCAAGGAUAUCAAGGGACUUUGUGUGCAGCCUGCUCUAAAGGCUUCUAUUUUCGCUUCAACUCUUGUUUGAAAUGUCCCCGGUUAGCUGUAACAAUAACUUCAUCCAUCUUGGUAAUUGUUCUUUUUGUUGCUGUUUUUCUAAUGGUUCUUUGGGGUGACUCCAGGCGUGCAGACAAUAACCGGACAGUUGCAGACGUAGUCAUGUCGUGCUUUAAGAUUGUAAUUGGCUUUUACCAAGUCAUUGCUGGUAUUUUCUCGGCAUUGGCGAAAGUCCAGUGGCCAGUCGUUUUGAUCUCAACGGAGAGGGUUCUAAAACUGUUUGAAGGGAACAUCUUGCAGUUUGCCCCUCUUAGUUGCAUCCAGACUUCUUUACGGCUCGAUCAGUUUGGAAAGUUCACGAUGAUUAUCGUCAUGAAUGUCUCACUCGUUGGCUUGAUUUUCUUGUAUCUGUUUCUUAAAAAGCGCUACAUCACGAAUAAGAAGGACCUUGACGAAGACCAGAAAGUAAUGGAAGUUAAGAGUUUGAAGAAAUCUUGCUAUCGGAACAUUUUCCUAUUCUUGUUGUCGACCUACCCCACGACGAGCAAAUCCAUCAUUCAGAUUCUUCCUGUUCCGGGCGCCUGUGUAGAGACUUGUUUCACAGACCACAAGAGCGACUGCAUCUUCCUGCUGAGAGCUGACUACUCCAUCCAGUGUUUCACUCCUCGCCACAGCUUGUAUUGGCUCAUAGCCUCUAUUUUAGCAUUAUAUCCCGUGGGAUUUCCACUUCUGGUUUUGUUUCUCACUUACAACUAUCGCAACUCCCAGGAAAACAAAGCAGUUUCUUUCGGACUCAGGGUGUUCUUUGAAAACUAUAAGAAGAAAUUUUGGUUUUGGGAAAUCACAGAGAUGUAUCGCAAGCUGAUUCUAAUCUCGCUGAUUUUUCUUUUCGGAUCAAAAAGCCUUUCUCAAAUCGGUCUUACAGUUCUGACAGUUAGUAUCUUUGGAGUUAUUUACACCUUACUCCGACCAAUCAAGGACAAGUUUGAAGAUCGCUUACAAACAUUUGUCCUGUGGAUUAUAUUCUUUGACGUUUGUCUUGGCGCAGUUUACACAGACUGGGAUGAGAGUCAAGGAGAAGGCAAGAACGACUCCAUCUUUGUAAAUGUCCUGUUCGUGGUUCUUAACGCCUCUGUAUUGUUGCUUGCCAUUGGUAAGUCUCCAUGCUGCUGUUUUAUUCAAUGUGCAUUUUAGUCAUUUGCUAAGGAAAUCAAGGAAAGGUACCGUAGAUUGUGGUGGUUUUUUCAAUCCCCAAGGUUAUUUGUUUUCCACGCAAUGAAAGUAUUAUGAUAAAAUCAUUAAGUAGCCUUCUUCGGGUUAUGUAGGAUAUUUGACUCUCUAUAACACUGGCUCAUACAAUUGUAAUCUUAAAACAGAUCGCGAUAUUUGGUCAAUUCUUCCCGCAGCUUAACUUUUCCUGUAAGUAGAACCUUGAGACCUUGUUACCCUGACAGCUUUUUAGGAUGCAGUUUACAAAAUUGUAGCUAUGGAAGCUGCCAAGGAGGGAGAAUUUGAGUUACGUUCUAUAUUCAUCCCCGGUAGUGUUCCAACAUUUGGAUGUAUUGGUAGAAGACAAAAAACUUUGAGGUAAAUUUGGGGUAUAAUGAAUAUUGAGAUCUUAGAAAAAAAUCCAAAUCAUUGUACUAAUGAAAUGUCAACACCCAUUCUCAAAGCGCUUGUUAGCAAGAGCGAAAACAAAGACAUUUGACAUUAUUAUAGACAUUAUUAUAUUAUAUUAUAUUAUUAUAUUAUAAGACAUUAUUAUAUUAUCUGUUAUGACUGCUGUAACCUUCCCUCUCCGCCUGCCUCGUCUAGCUUUUGCUAUUUGCGGGUGGAGAUGGCAAAAUGAUUUGCAUGAAAUAAAGACAAAUUUCAGAAAAAAGGGACACCUUACUUUUUUUAACGUUUUCGUGCAAGAUUUCAAUUUCAUGUAAAAGUAAUUCAAUCCGUCCUUUUUUCUACUUUACAGGAAAGGGAAUUCUACAUUUGAAGUCAAUUUGGAAAUUCGUUACCUUCAACCCGAUCCGAUGUUUCAGCUUCCUUCGCCAAGGAGUAUCACAUCUAACAAAUAGAGUGGUCAAAAGAACAGGAACAUCCAAUGAACUUUCCCCUUUAUUGAAGAAAGAAACUGAAGAACUUCACUGAAAUAUUUGUCUAAAAACUCUUUUGUUGUGCCUCAUGAAAUAUCUCGCUUUAGAUGGCUUAAACACGCAGAGCUUUCGUUGAAAUUUAUCUGGCUAUUGUGAGACUUCUGGAUGACAUUUCAUUGCAACCAAAGGCACUAGCGACUCCCGCAAAGGCUGAGUUCUUCGAAACGUAAAGCGUAAUUUUUUUAAGUCUUUAAUUUAAAUUGAGAUUUUUAGAUAACAAAAUAGUUUAUUUUUAGUAAAAAAAAAAAGGAUAAUACUAAUUUUUUGGUGAGUUAAAAAGUAGGAUCCCUCGCACCUUCAAGCACAUAUGACUUUGACGCACGAUAUAUAGAUAUAUAUUUAAGCAAUAAAACUCACUUUCUAUCAGUUUUUCGGC